AAGAUUUUCCCUUCCUUAUCUGUGUCUUUUUCAUUUUUUCCCUCUGUAUUUUAUUGGCCUAGAGGAAAAAAAUUGGAAAAUUGAAAGUGGGUCCUACAUGAAACUAUAUGGAAGAGCAUGGAACCAAAAUUCCACAACUAAACGUGGCUUACUUCACGCCCCCGACUACUUUUGCUUCAGUUUUUGGGUGCUUUGCUUUGUUUCGCUCUCUUAUCUCUCUUAAGAAAAAAAAAAACCUUGAUUAGUGUCUAAAACAGUAACGGAUUACCAACUUUUCCUCUUAACAAAGGAAAAAAAAAAAAAACAGUGCUUGGAACCUUGUAUGGUUUGCAUCUUCCUUUUGCUCUUUCUCACAGGCACAAAGCUGCCUUUUUAUUAUCUUGAUUGGGUGGUUAUUCUUUGCUUGGAGUUUUAAGCUCUUGGUUAAUGGGUGUUUAAGUUUUUACUUUAUUGGGAAUCAGCUGUUGCUUCUUAUCUUUGCUGGUUUGGCUUGUCUAUUGGAUUGGGGUGCUUGAUCUUUGUUCCUUGGAUCCAUUUUUUGAGCUUUCUAGUGAAGUACAAAUUGGAAAGUUAGAGGUGUAUAAAGUGUGGUUGCUGUCUGCUGUCUGCUGUCAUACUCACAUCAACCGUUUCAAGGUAGAAAAUGGAAAUGAGACUUGCACAUCAUUAAUGCAGUAUAUGAAUCAGAGAAAGAAGAUGGACAACAGAUUUGUUAAUGGUCAGAAAUAUGACCAAGGGAAAGAAGAUUCACUGCAAAACUUGGAGAAUAACAAGGAUAUAUCAAGAGACAACGGAAUGUGUUAUUCUGAAUUAAAAUUGAAAAAGCUGGCAAGAAGGGUAAAUCCACAGCAUGCUCUGAUAUUAAAUGUCAAAAGAUUACAAGCCGGAAAAAGUCUUACAAAGGAUUCAUUCCUUUGGAGUAUUUUUGGCAUAGGCAACAAAGUUCCCAGGCAUGUGGUUACUCUAGAUGAGAAAUAUCUUCGUUGUUGCCUGGAAUUGAUUCAUAUAAGUGCAGCAAAAGCAGCCAGAUGCAACAUCUCUGUGAACUUGAGCUCUGCAAAGAUGGGCAUUUUAUCUGAUGGCCUGAAUUCAGCUAAAAUCACUGAUGAAAAAACAUGUGAUUUGCGCAGGUUUGUUUUUGAAUGUCCACUGGCAGUUGGGACGGGCAGUGUAGUCAUUGGUUCUGCUGGACAGUGGGUUGUAGGUUCAAUAAUGGGCAGCAGAAGUAUGGCAAAUAUAUUGAAGAGCCCAUUGUUACGGAAAAUGGGUGCAUUGGAUGUCAAUGCAAGUUUGAAUGAUGUUAAAGGAUCAAUGAGUUAUGAUGUCAUGAGCUCUCCUGGUGGUUUCAGUUAUUAUUCCGCACAUAAGCUAGGAAGUGAAACACCCAUUUCAGAAAAUCUGAAAUAUGGAUCCGAGACUGUUCAUAAAAGGCUUGUUUCUGUGUCAAGUACAAACUCAACAUGCUCUGAUCAGUCCAUUUCUUCUACUUCUACGACAAUAUCUCAGGGAAUGCUUCAAUGUACAUGGAAGGGUGGGAUUCCACAUUUUGUUUUCUCCCUGGAUAAUCAGAGGGAGAUCUAUGUAGCCAAUUUGUCAAAGGAAGGAUCAGCUUGCAAUAAGGGUCUAGACUAUACGUACUUGUUCCAUUCAAGCAAGGGUAGCCACAAGGACCAUGGGAUACGUGAUAAUGAGUCUCACCUUGUUGGUAAGAUGAAGGUAUCUACAUCUUUCUCAAUUGGCCCCCAAGAUUCUAAAAUCAUGGAGACUGAGUUUGUUUUGUUUAGUGGUAAUGAAACUUUUAGUGGGGAGAUGCAAACUCCGAGCAAUAACCACAGGAAGAAUAAGGGUCUAUCUAAAAAGGUGGCAGAAGUAUUCAAGAGCGGUCACUCAUCCAAGCAGAGAACAGUGUCUAGAUUUCUUCAAUCAAGUUCCAUAAUGGAAGAUUCUUCUUGGGACCCAUGCCAAGAUGCAGUCAACAAUCGUGAUGCACUAGGUGGGACAAAUCUUUUAGAGGAACAGCUUCCACCAAAUCUUGAAUUGGCUGCCAUUGUCGUGAGGGACCAUUUCCCUGAGAAUCCUCAGCAGGAAGUUGGAGGUUGGGGCUUAAAGUUUCUCAAGAAAGCUGGGGUUAAGCAAACCGUUGACACUUUGGAAGCCCCAGUUCCUUCUACUUGUGCUCGUGAUUCCGGUGAUUGCUCAACAAGUAUGGAUAUUCUAGUUCCAGCAGGUAUUCACGGUGGCCCUAGAACCAGAAAUGGUGGCCCCUCUAGUCUUAUUGAAAGAUGGAGAUCUGGUGGACAUUGUGACUGUGGUGGCUGGGACUUGGGCUGUCCGCUGAAGGUACUUAAAGCCAGAUCAAGUAAAGAAGGAGGUUUACCUCCAACAGAUAUGUCUGAGGCAUGCAAGUUACUUGAUUUUUUCAUUCAGGGUUCAGAGCAUGGUUCUCCAACCUUAAGGAUAGCAAAUGUUCAUGAUGGCCUGUAUUUUAUUCAUUUUCAAUCAACACUCUCAGCUCUGCAGUCUUUCUCAAUUGCAGUUGCGUACAUCCAUACUCAAAGUCCCACUCUCCGACCUAAAAAUGUACAGCAGUUGAGGAAAUAAAAUCUUAUAGCAGGCUCUUGGUCAUGAUAAGCUGGUUUUCGUCUCAUACAGAGAUGUUUCUUACCAUAAUAUCAUGAAUGUGCAUUGUGCAAAUUGAUCACAGAUAAGACUAAGUCAUUGGUUCCUCCAUUGGGAAUGGUUUGAACACAUCGGCUGGAAAUAUACCAUUCUGUGAAAAUAUGAAAGACUUUAACUUGCUGCCAAGGUUUGGAGCCUUUGCCUUGGAUCUGUAUAUUACUCUUCAUGACAUGGUGCCAGGUAUCUCUCUUCUUUGACUAAAAUGUAGGAAAGUUUUCACUUGCCUUCUAUGUUCAUACUGAAUUGAUUAAAAAGUAUAUAGUCUACUAUGUUGUAGAACAUCUAGUGAUUACUUAGUUGUGAGUGAUCGUGACUGUUAUUUUUUUACCCACAGAAGUGCACAAAACAUUUGGAAUCCUAUGCUGUCUCCUUGCUUUGCUAGGUGACUAUCAUUGAGUAUAUUUUCUUUUGACUUUAUAGCACCCAUUAACUUCAGCUGAUGGCAGGUAGUACCCAGAAGAAAAGAUUGAGGCAGGUGGUGCCUGGUUAACAUGGUCUUACUAACCCUGAAAGAGAUAGGAGAUCCUUUUCUCCCUCACAAUGCAAACAGCUCAAUCAGAAGCUCACAAGAUGCUUCAAUAUGUUUUUUGAAACCAUUCUAUGGUGAAGGCGAUUAAUGCUAAUAAAUACAGAUGCACUUUUCCUUUCUCUGUCUCGUCUUUACUAUGGAGCAUGGAAAUAGUCAAAACACAUUGAUGAACUACUCCAGGAGCAUACUAACAGUUCAACUUUUUGGAAAGUCCUUCCACUGAAGGGGUUACCAUACCUAUUCCCAAGCAGUGGUGAACUACUGAAUGAACAUAGUGAGGCUGUUAAUGAAUUCCAUGAAAGCUCAUCUUAUAUUUAUACAAGACUUUUUUUGGAUCUGUUUCCCUUUCAAUCCUGUUCACUGCGAAAUCAAACAGAAUUCUUAUGUUGCUGAAAUUGUUGAUGAAACACACAAGUUACUUGAGAUUGUAAACUGAAGCUGUCAUCUUAUAUUUCUGGUGUGUGUUUAGCCCACUUAUUCUGUUA